UGGAACCCAAUAGGGACACUCAACCAGGAUGCCAGAGCCAACUAUAAAGGCAGUAAAGGAACCACAAAAAGCUGUAUCCCCAGAUCCUGCAGUUGCAGAGCCUAAGCCUGAAGAACCUAAAGAGACUCCAUCAGCACCUACUGAAAGCUCAGCAGCAGACACCAGUGGAACCGCAUCAGAUGGUGUAGCACCUGAAGGUCUGCCUGAGAGUCAUCAGCCUGACACAAGGCAGGACCUUACUGGUCUCUUCACUGAAAGGCCUCAAAGUGGGGAGGUAAAUGUAGGUGAGAACAUUACUUUUGUUGCUCGGGUGUGUGGUGAAUCUCUGCUGAAGAAGCCCACAGUAAAAUGGUUCAAAGGAAAGUGGAUGGAUCUGGCCAGCAAGUCAGGAAAGCACCUUCAACUCAAAGAGCACUAUGACCGCAACACGAAGGUGUACACCUUCGAGAUGCAUAUCAUUGCAGCUAAAGCCAACUUCGCUGGAGCUUAUCGUUGUGAGGUGUCCUCUAGAGACAAGUUUGACAGCUGCAAUUUUGACCUGGCAGUGCAUGAGGCUCGUACAACAGAUGGGUUUGAUAUUCGCACUGCAUUUAGACGCACUAGCACAGAUGCAGGUGAAGACUCAGGAGAACUGGACUUCAGUGCAUUACUGAAAAAGAGAGAAGCUGCUCAUGUGAGCACAGAGCCUGAGGUAGACGUAUGGGAAAUCCUCCAGAAGUCUUCACCAUCAGAGUAUGAAAAGAUUGCCUUCCAGUAUGGAAUCACGGACCUGCGGGGGAUGCUUAAGAGACUCAAAAAAAUUUAAAAAGAAGAGAAGAAAAGUGCAGCAAUUCUGAGAAAGCUGGACCCAGCCUACCAAGUCGAAAAGGGACACAAGAUCAAACUGCAAAUUGAAGUGGCCAAUCCAGAUGCAGAGGUUAAAUGGCUAAAACAUGGACAAGAGAUACACCUAACUGGAAGCAAGUACAUCUUUGAGAGUGUAGGCAACAAACGCUUCCUCACUAUCAACAACUGUACUCUGGCAGAUGAUGCUGCUUAUACGUGCAUGAUUGGAGAAGAGAAGACUGUCACUGAGCUCUUUGUUAAAGAGCCUCCUGUUCUGAUUGUACGUAAUCUAGAGGAUCAGAUGGUUAUGAAGGGAGAACGAGUAGAGUUUGAGUGUGAAGUGUCUGAAGAGGGGGCUCAAGUGAAAUGGGAGAAAGAUGGUGUGGAACUCACCCGAGAUGAGUCCUUCAAGUACCGCUUCAAGAAAGAUGGAUGUAAGCAUGUCCUUAUCAUUAAUGAUGUGACCAAGGAAGACUGUGGACACUACCGAGUGAAAACCAAUGGAGGGCAAUCAUUAGCAGAGCUCAUGGUUCAGGAGAAACAGCUAGAGGUGUAUCAAAGCAUUGCUGACCUGACGGUGAAGGCCAAAUACCAGGCUGUGUUCAAAUGUGAGGUUUCUGAUGAGAAGGUGAAAGGCAUCUGGUACAAAAAUAAAGUGGAGGUGAAACCUGAUGCCAGAACUCAUAUCACACACAUUGGCAGGAUUCAUAAGCUGACCAUUGAUGACGUAAAGCCAGACGAUGAGGGUGACUACACCUUCGUUCCUGAGGGCUAUGCCUUCAAUCUCUCUGCCAAGCUCAACUUUUUAGAGGUCAAGAUUGACUUUGUUCCACGGCAAGAUCCUCCCAAGAUUCAUCUGGACUGUAUGGGCCGCACCGCUGAGUGCACAAUCUUGGUUGUGGCUGGAAACAAACUGCGACUAGAUGUACCAAUUACUGGAGAUCCUGCCCCCACUGUGGUUUGGACAAAAGGAGAAAAGGUGCUGACAGACUCAGAUGGGCGUGUUCAUGUGGAGAGUACCAAAGGCCAUUGUAUCUUUACCAUUGAGGGGGCGGAGCGUCAGGAUGAGGGAGUGUACUCUGUCAUUGUACGCAAUCCUGCUGGAGAGGAUACAGCUGACAUUAAUGUCAAAGUUGUUGAUGUGCCAGAUCCACCUGAAGCUCCCAGAAUCCUUAGCGUCGGUGAAGAUUCUUGUAUUGUCCAAUGGGAUCCCCCGCUCUUUGAUGGUGGCCAGCCAGUCAUAGGUUACGUUCUUGAAAGGAAGAAGAAAAAGAGCUAUAGAUGGAUGAGACUCAAUUUUGAUCCUUAUAAAGAGACCACAUAUGAAACCAAGAGAAUGAUUGAGGGUGUAGCCUACGAAAUGCGUGUUUACGCAGUAAACGCCAUCGGCAUGUCCCGCCCCAGUGCUGCCUCCCAGCCAUUUGUGCCAGUUGCUCCUACCAGUGAGCCUACUGGGCUGUGUGUGGAUGACAUCAGUGAUACCACCAUCUCUCUGAAAUGGAGGGCUCCAGAGAGAAUAGGCUCAGCUGAACUUGAAGGCUAUGGGGUUGAGUACUGCAAGGAAGGCUCUGAUGAAUGGAUCCCUGCAUUUAAGGGUCUCACAGACAGGACCUCUGUGAUUAUCCGUGACCUGCCAACUGGAGAGAAGAUGCAGUUCCGCGUGAGGGCGUAUAACAUGGCAGGCCCCAGCCCUCCUGCCACAUUGCAACAAGCAGUCACCAUCCGUGAAAUCAUGCAGCGACCCAAAAUCUGGGUACCCCGUAACCUCCGCCAGACACUUAUCAAGAAAGUAGGAGAAACGAUUAACCUGGUAAUCCCCUUUCAGGGUAAACCACGACCUCAAGUGAACUGGACAAAGACCGAUGAGCCUCUGGACCCUAAGCAGGUCAGCAUACGAAACAGCAAUACUGAUACCAUCCUCUUCAUUAGGAGAUCUGAGAGAAAGGAUUCUGGGAAGUAUGAUGUUCAAGUGCAAAUUGAGAAUGUGGAGGACAGGGCCAGUGUGAAUAUACAGAUUGUUGACCUGCCAGGCCCACCCCAAAAUUUAAAGGCGAUAGAUGUUUGGGGCUUCAACGUUGCCCUGGAGUGGAAACCACCCAAGGAUAAUGGCAACUGCGACAUCACAGGCUACACCAUCCAGAAGGCUGAUAAGAAAACCAUGGAAUGGUACAUCGUGUUUGAGCAGUAUCGGCGCACUAACUGUGUGGUGUCAGACCUGAUCAUGGGGAAUGAGUACGUGUUUCGUGUGUAUGCCAUGAAUAUGGUUGGUCUGAGUCCAGAGCCUUGCCUCUCCAAAGACAGCGCCUACAUCCAGAAAACAGGCAUUGUGUACAAGCCUCCUUCCUACAAAGAGCGUGAUUUCUCUGAGGUCCCCAAGUUCACACAUCCUCUCAUGAGUCGCUCAGUUAUUGCUGGAUACAAUGCUACACUCAGCUGCUCCGUAAGAGGCAUCCCUAAGCCUAAAAUCACAUGGUACAAAAACAAGAUGGACAUUACAAAUGAGGCCAAGUACCGUAUGUUCAGCAAUCAGGGUGUGCUGACUCUGGAGAUCCGUAAGCCGUGUCCGUUUGAUGGAGGUGUGUACAUGUGUAAGGCGAUCAACUCCAGCGGAGAAGACGUAGUAGAAUGCAAACUGGAAGUGCGCCAUCCUCAAGUCACAAAAGAAGACAGCAAGAAAUGAGAGACGUAAUGGGUUUAGAGAAACUGUGACACUGUCCUCUUUCUGUCUUCUGUCCUGAAACUGAUCCUAUGACAUGUCCGUGAUCAAAUGACAGAGCAAAGAAAUAUGUCAGUGGUUUUCUUCAUUUGCUUGUGCUCCCCAUUUCUCACUCACAUCCCAUGGUCCGUUGCUUAGGUGUGAUUCGCUUUUCUUUAUUGCUUGUUCAUUUUGUUUCAUUUCAUGUUAUUGUAUUUAAGAUCCAUGCUGUAGGGUCUAGUGAUUUCAGUAUUUUCCUUCCACAUGUGAUGUUAUGCAAAACAUGCUAAAUAAAGCUA